UUUACUUUGUUAAAAUCAACGGAGAAGGGACUUCUCACAGUGUUGUUCAUUGAGCAAGCUCGCGACUUACUUCUACCGGAGGAGCAAUGGCGGCGUUUGCUCUCACUUCAUCUCUUUCACUUAACUUCCGAUCGAUUCCAUGUCGCCGAGUUUCUUCUUCUAAAUCUUCUCUUCCAUCUUUAAAUCUCAAAUCAGAUGCCCAGGAUCAAACCCAUUUCAAAAUUAGCAGCAAAGCUGUAGAUUUUCCAUUCAAACCCACUUCCAAGAACAGUUGCAUCCUCGAUCCCACGUUUUCUAGGCGUAAACUUUCAGUAAAUGCUUCGGCGGCUUCGCCUCCGGCGAAGACGGAGCAGGAACCAUGGCAGGGCGCAUCAAUGAAGCCUCUAAUCGCCUCGAUCGCUACCGGUGUAAUCCUUUGGUUGGUUCCUCAUCCGGCCGGCGUUACGCGAAAUGCAUGGCAAUUGUUGGCUAUUUUCUUGGCUACUAUCGUCGGGAUCAUUACCCAGCCCCUGCCUUUAGGAGCGGUAGCACUGAUGGGACUUGGUACCUGUGUCCUUACCAAGACUCUUACUUUCGCUGCCGCCUUCUCCGCCUUCGGCGAUCCGAUCCCAUGGCUUAUCGCUCUCGCCUUCUUCUUCGCCCGAGGAUUUAUCAAAACCGGCCUCGGCAAUAGGAUCGCGUAUCAGUUCGUCUCUCUCUUCGGAAGCUCCUCACUAGGGUUAGGGUACAGUUUGGUUUUCUGCGAAGCUCUUUUAGCUCCUGCAAUUCCGUCGGUGUCGGCUCGUGCGGGAGGGAUUUUUCUUCCAUUGGUGAAAUCCUUGUGUGUUGCAUGUGGGAGUAAUGUAGGGGAUGGGACGGAGCACAAAUUAGGGUCUUGGUUGAUGUUAACUUGUUUUCAGACUUCGGUUAUUUCGUCUUCCAUGUUCUUGACAGCUAUGGCUGCGAAUCCAUUGAGUGCUACCUUGGCUUACAAUGCGAUAAAUCAGACGAUUGGAUGGAUGGAUUGGGCGAAGGCCGCCUUUGUACCGGGUCUGGUGUCCUUGUUGGUUGUGCCUCUGCUUCUUUAUAUUAUAUAUCCACCGUCAGUGAAGACUAGCCCCGAUGCUCCCAAGCUUGCUAGAGAAAGGUUAGAGAAAAUGGGACCCAUGUCUAGAAAUGAGCUUAUAAUGUCUGGAACUCUCCUUCUUACGGUGGGACUUUGGGUAUUUGGAGGAGUAUUGAAAGUGGAUGCAGUUACGGCAGCUAUACUUGGAUUAUCGAUCCUACUAAUAAGUGGGGUUGUGACAUGGAAAGAAUGCUUAGCUGAAUCUGUAGCCUGGGACACCCUAACCUGGUUCGCUGCUCUUAUUGCAAUGGCUGGCUAUCUCAAUAAAUUAGGUCUCAUCACAUGGUUUAGCCAAACAGUGGUCAAGUUUGUUGGAGGGUUGGGUCUUUCAUGGCAUCUCUCGUUCGGAAUCUUGGUCCUUCUUUACUUCUAUUCUCACUACUUCUUUGCAAGUGGAGCGGCUCAUAUUGGAGCUAUGUUCACAGCAUUCUUAUCGGUCGCAAGUGCUCUAGGCACACCCCCUUAUUUUGGGGCAUUGGUGCUUGCCUUCCUGUCCAACUUGAUGGGUGGCCUGACCCACUAUGGAAUAGGCUCAGCACCCGUGUUCUAUGGCGCUAACUAUGUCCCUCUUUCGAAAUGGUGGGGAUAUGGGUUCAUAAUCUCGGUUGUCAAUAUUCUUAUCUGGCUUGGAGUUGGAGGUAUUUGGUGGAAGGCUAUAGGACUCUGGUAAAAAAUAGUUGAUCAUUCAAAUCCCUUGUUGGCUAAUUAUGAAUUUUUGUUCCAAUUUUCAUGGUGGGAGUCAAACUUAGUUUUGAUUCUUUAUCCUAGGAUUUAUAAUAAUAUCAGUUUGAACUACUACUACUACAGAAUGUAGAGAUCAUUAUUUAUUUAUUUUCAUGGCAGUUACUAU